GUAACUACUUCAUGAAAAAGAAGUAGCAAGUCCCUUUAACAACGUCUGCUACCAAAUCACCCCCUCUUUCCUAGCCCUAGCAUUUGUAGCAAGUGCGGAGUGCCAGACUAAUCCAUUGGACCAAGAUGGCGGCGCCCAGUGGGGGGACUGUCUCUCGCAGUUUGAAGAAAUUGGGUGCAUUCGUCUUGACCAGAUUCCCUUUUCUGAGUGCUGUUAUAUUUGUUCUGCUCUGCAAUGAAAGGGAGAGAAAUGGCAGGCCUGAAGGGUAUCCCCAUCUGGUCAUCUACCUCCACGUCGCUCUGCUGAUGCUAGAGGGCAGCAUGAUGUCCUUUGCCACCCAGAGGUCCCUGUUUGCCCUGAUGUGUGCCGUACAGAUGACCGUCAUGACGCUAGUCACACACACCAGUCCCUCAUUGCGAUUCAAGCCGUGGCUAAUGGUCCGCAUGAUGUCACGAGACGUGGGCGUGAUUGGGUCCUACCUGAUCCUGGCCAGCCGCACCCACGAGGAGCUGAGUCGACGCUACCGAUUGGCCAGGCUCUAUCCCCUGGGGCGGAGCCUCCUUGCCUCGUAUUUCAUCGUCCUGGCCUAUCAAGUGAACCGGGAGGCUCUGGAGCGGCAGGCCUUCCUCCAGCACAUCCCCGGAGGAAUCGUGUCAGUCUCGGCAUUUUGCGGUGCCAGCAUGCUCUCCAGCAUGAUGUUCCUCUCCCAGUACAAAGCCAAGACGUCCGUCCGCGUUCUCUUGGCCCUCCUGCUGGUCUCUACGCUGACGGUGGACUUGGAUUUUGCGUACUGGAAGCGGCAGCGAGUGGAGUUUUGGAACCAGGUGACAAUCCUGCUGAAUGACGCGGGGAUGCUGGGAAUGCUGCUACUGCUCGCGACAUAACCCCGACCCACCAGAUCCUUCAAAAUCAGGAAGAUUUGUGGAUUCGGGGGGAUUUUUGGGGGUAUUUUGCAGGAAGGUGUAAGUGACCAGCCUGUCAACAUUGAGCAUGAUGCCUUGAAAAGUGCAACGACUGUGCUGUUGGUUGCCUACUGUAGUUAAGGAUCUAGAAGGAAUUGGCAGUGUUCCAAGUAAAAACAGAAAGGUCUUCAGGUCUUGGUACCGCUAGAACUCUGGGUGGAUCAUGGUCACGAGGAUGGGAGAGCAUCAGAAAUCCGGGACAGCUUCGAAUGUUUGUGAGAUAAGUGAAACAUUGACAAACAGCUCUCAAACCUUCAUGUAGGAACUGCACAAGGUUUGUGACCAUAAAGGCCGGUAUUCUCUCCAUUUGACAUAAGAAACUGUCGAGGCUUACAAAAUACAAGUAUGUGAAGUCAACUAAACUUUGUAUUGGUGCUGGAAAUUGACCAGCUUUGCAGUGACUAUGCAAUAAGAACCUCUCUCUAUCCCGAACAGUCCCAAAUCCUCUGAUUUCAAUGAUUUGACAUACACCCUAUGGGGUUAGGGUUGUUAAAUAUUUAUAAGAUUGCAUGUGGAAGUAGAAUUCGGCAUAAUUUAAAAUGUAAUAUUUGCUCAUUUUAGGAAGGAAAUGGUGACUAGUAACUAACCAAGCAACACAAGAAAAGUUGAAAUCAGUUUCAAUACUUUAAUACAGCGUAACGUCCCUGAAGUUUCAUGUGCAUGAUAAAAAUUACCCACAGAGGCCUCUGUGUGUUUUUUUUUUCAACUUUCAGAGCAUGAUGGUGCUUGUAGACAAUACAUCACGUGACAUAUCCGAGGUUCUGCACAAUGAUCAUAAAUGUGUCCAUUUUCUCAGUGCAAAAAUAAAUGUUUAUGGCAACAGUGGAAAGAUAAUUGCAUAAGGCCAAACAAAAAUUAAGUUGUAUUUCCCAUUACCCUGAAAAAUAAAUAAGGGUGGUUGGUUGGGUAAAAUAUUUUUUUACUGAAAAUUUUUAUAGCCAAAAAAUGAGGGUCGGAUGAUGGUCUAUUUUUGGGGGGGGGGGUAUAUUUUUAACAGGUACUAAGUCAGUGUCAGAUUUAUACUGUACAUGUGC